UUCCUGCGAAAAGGUCGCGAUGGACAGCGGAGGGGGAGAGGUUGCUGAGGGCCCGAUAGGCGAUUCCUGUUGCUAGUCCUCUUCUGUCGGAGCCUGUGGGCGGCCGCCGGGGAUGGAUGAGGACGGGUUGCCCCUCGUAGGCUCGGGCAUCGACCUGACCAAGGUUCCAGCCAUCCAGCAGAAAAGAACAGUGGCAUUUCUAAACCAGUAUGUGGUUCACACCAUUCAGUUCCUUAACCGAUUUUCCACUGUUUGUGAAGAGAAAUUGUCAGCACUUUCCCUGCGAAUUCAGCAAAUUGAAACUACACUCAAUAUUCUGGAUGCAAAGUUGUCAUCUAUACCUGGUCUCGAAGAUGUCAAAUUUGAAGUAUCUGGUACCAGCAACAACAGUGUUAUGAAUGGCUCUGUCUCACAAGCUUCAAUAGAUCCACAGUCAACAAAUGUAUCACCUCAUUCAGAGCAGGGCAGUGUACAUGAAGUGGGGCAACAUAAGGCUGAAGGAACCCCAGAAAACGUCACCACUGUAGCAAAGGAUCCACGCUAUGCCAGAUAUCUCAAAAUGGUUCAUGUGGGUGUUCCUGUAAUGGCAAUAAGAAACAAAAUGAUUUCUGAAGGAUUAAACCCAGAUCUUCUUGAAACACCAGAUGCUGCAGUACCUGCAAGGAAUGAUGAGGCAAAUGGACAAGAAAGUUCAGAUAGUGAAUCCUCCUUUAGUGACUGAAGGUGUCUAUCUCAGAGCAUUUGUGUGUAUUUUUGAAAGCCAUUUAAAAAUUCUCUAUAAGUGCUAAUGUACAAAUCAUAAUUAGAAGGAUUUCCUGAUAGAGUUUUAUGAUGUCUUCAUUAAAAACUAGUUACUUUGCACUGGGAUCUUCUCACUGUUUUCCACGGAGUUUUGAAGAAGCCCUGGUCAGCCCCAAAGUAAAACUAUAAUGGUGUAUUCUUAGUUAUGAUCCAAUAGCCUUGACUUAAGCAGUAAUUGGUCCAAGGAAGUUAAAUGUGUGUGUGUGGGAGGGAUUUCUUAUAAAGAUUAUUUAAUGCUGUACUCCAGGUCAUUCUUUAGACAAUACUAAGCUUUGUAAGUGACCUCUUUAUCUCUGGAUUCUCCAUCACCCCCAUGCACACCUUCCUGCUGCAUGUUCAGCGUUCACCUGAUGCUGACAUACUCUUUCUUGUAUUGCAUUCCCUAAGAGUUGAAACAGAACCAUCAACCCUAACUAUCUUCCUGUCUUGGGAAAAACCCUCACAUUCUAUUUAUCCCAGUGAUCUAAGAACUGGGAAUGUGAGGAAGUGGCAGAAAGAAAGACCAAGGAUAGGGAAAAGUGAGCAGUGGCUCUUUGAAACAAUGAGCAUCCAUUCUGUAGGAGCAAGACUUUAAGGCUGCACUGCCACUCACUGUUUUUCAGAGAUCUGGGUCCUGCUGCAUGCAAAUCUUUACAUUGUAUAGCCACAAAAAAUGGCAUGUCGUACCACUGCCCUAGCUGACAAGAUCCCUAUUGGAGUUCACUGACUUCUGUGGGAUUUCUCAUUUAGAAUUUUGUUCAUAAAUAUUACAGUAAACAUACGAAAGAAAGGUCCAGGUUACUUAGAAGACUAGUACUCCAAAUACCACAGUGAAAGAAACUUACUUUUAUGCAAUAGCAAAAAUGUCUUACUUGGGAUGUAAAGGGGGAUAUCAGCCUUGUUUUGAAAGGCAAAUUCAAAAGAGUAGCCACUUUAUACAAAUGGAGACUAUUUCUUUUAAAAGGUAUCAACUGCUUCAUGGGAAGGAUCUGGUAAAAAAAAGAAUGGACCCAUCAUAAUGUAACAAGCCUUCAGUAUCAAAAUUUAAAUUCCCUUAAGUGUGUUAAAGAGUGAAUAAAGGGUCUCUUUUGGAUUGGUCUUGUUUUGUAAGAUUGAAUCCAACACUACCUUAAGAAUUUCACCAGUGAUCUUAAACUGACUAUGGACCACUUCACACGAUACACUCUGAGCAUUCUUGAAAUGUACACAUCUAGGUUGUAUUCACACAAAAUGAUAAACCAGGAUUACGGACAAUCUUGGCUUGUAAGCAUUGUCCAAGGAGUUCUUGAAACAGUACACUACCACUGUUGAACUCCAUGUAUACUUAGGAAGAAGCUGCAAUUGACCAUAGCUUCCCCAUGUGUGUACAUGGGGUAAAACAGAAGUGUGAGCUGUCUCUCUAAUGUCUUUCAGCUUUACUUUGUAAUCGUCACUGACAAAGCUCUGAGCUGACACUGGUGCGCUCCUAAACCUCCAUUUGGAAUUAUUAUUACACAUAGAUGUCCAGUUUGAAGUUCAGCUCUGAGGGGGUUAGUGUGUAUGCUCAUAAUAAAAAUGCAUGCUCAUCUUGGUCAGGAGAGUUACAGCUGCAGCUGUGAAGAAGGAAUCUCCUGUCAUUUUUCUGGUUAGGACAAGACAUUCCAGCCAUGCGUUCUAGUCUGAAAAUGUGACCUAUUUUAGAAUAAGUCAAGACAUUUUGUUUCAAGCAUCAAAUCUAAAAGUUUAACCUGUGUCUAGGCUUUUAUUAACUUGGAAAAUGCAACUAGUAUUAAGUGUCUGUUUCUCAGCCCUAAAUGACUUGUUAAAUUGUUAAAUAACUUGUUAACAUGCUGCCUAAUAACAUAUAACACUUGAACUUGAUCCUGUUUAUUUGGAAAAUGCACCUCUAAUUAAAAUUAUGUUUUAUAAGUCAACUGUGAAUCUUUGUUAUUAAUACAGCCAUAUGAACUUUAUUUGAAACAAAGAACCAAAGUUCUCAGGGAAAUACCUAAAUUUUGAAUAUUUUGCACAUUUUUGUGUGUGUUCUUUUAAAUGCCUGAUUUUCUGCUAAGCAUGACUUUUAAGGUGGAUUACAAUAAAAGCAAAUACAAUAAAA